AUGAGGACGGACAAAUGCGUCUCUGAGGCAGUGCAAACGUUCCGAGAGGCACAGAACCUGCUUCCCACCCUCUACACCCAUCUCUCCGCACUGGAGAACAUCAUGACGCAGAAAGGCGCGCUGGUCGGAGCUGCGCGUCGGCGUGAGCAGUGCUUUGCGAAGGCGCUGCCCGCAUCGCAUUUCCUUUGUAUGGAUACGGGCACGGAAGAACGUACGCUGCCGCAGGCUACAACGGCAGGCCCCAGCUGUGUGCACACCACCUCUCCAGUGAUGACUUCUCCACUGGGUGUACUGGCUGCGUUUUCGGCUUCCACGGUUCACCACCUUGUUGCUCAGCACCAGCGAGACGUGGAGGAGCUCCUCGGGGUCGUCUCCCGCAUCACGCAGCGGUCCUGGUCGCAGAAGGUGGAGCAGCUCAAAUCCAAGAUUGCGCAGCUCGAAAGGGCGAGCGAAGUAGGUGAAACACCUGAACAUCCUCCGUCAGCGGGCGGUAUUGUCGCCGUCUCGUCAACGCCUGCGUCAUCCUCGUACUUUGCCACCGCCUCGGAGCUGUCCGUCGCGCUCUACGGCUUUGCCGCCUGCCUGCUGAAAAUGGGGAAUGUGUUACAGGAAACGAUGCUGGCUCUCCGCAAAGAUGCCAGGCUCUCUCUCAUGGCACACGCCGCUCCCGGUUCAGCAGCUCUGUUGACGUCCACCUCCGCCGACACGGCAAGUCACCUUGCCGCUAUGCUGGCUCGCGAAGACAGGACGAGUGAAGGUAUGUCCUUGCUGCCAAUGCACUCCUCUCACUGUGGGUCCUUGCACGAGGCCACGUCCGCCUCGAGCCCCUUCUCUGGAGCAGCAGGCGUCCAGGCGGCGCCGCUGCAACCAAUGCGGCUCGUGGACGCAGUGGGAAAGCUCAAGUCUUUCUUGGAGGCGCGCUGGAAGAGCUGCUGCGACAGCUACCUCGCUCCCGAAUCGCACCUGCUGCUCGCCCUUGUUUAG